AUGUACUCAUUAUCUUCCUCUUCGAUACGAUUGAUACGAUCGGCAGAUGCGGCAACACUUGCUGUGUACGAGAACCAAAGGGUUCUGGCAGCACAGCUGAAGCACGUCAUCAAGACGCAGGAGCGCCUGCCCAUCUUCUUGGAGCAGACCUGGAACAAGUUUCGUGGCUCUGGUGGUGGCUCCCUCAGCUUCUCCAGCGCCGAUGCUGGAGCCAAGCCCAAGAAGGACGACGUGGAUAUCGACGACUCUGUUGACGCUACGCAUAGGGAUGUUGCUACCGCGAGCAACGCUCUAAAGAGCGACCACAUCGUUGCCCUGAUGGAGGUCUACGAAGACUUCAUCAAGAAGAAGAACAAUGUGUACAUCACACGGGAGUGCCCACCCCAACCGAACAGAGGUUGGUUUGCCCGAGUUACGUCAACUCGUCGACCACGAUCUCCUUUCAACUCCCGAGAUCGCCGUUGCGGAAGGACACCAACUGGCCUGCCGGACCCGGAACGAGGAUUACGAAAGGCUGAGAACCUCCGGACGAUCAAAGCACCAACACCCUCACCUACGUCUUAUGACCAUCUCAUCUUCUCCAUCCCACACAGACUCCUGACUAUUGCCUUGCGCCGUGGCAUACUAGUCGACUAUAGCAGCCUGGACGACCUGCUCAACAGUGAUGACCACCAGAUUCGGAUCAAGCGAGCGGCUUUCGAUCAGCCCGUUAUCCGUGGCAGCGUGCCUCGUGGUCUGGGCGUCAGUGAAGACCCUGUAUCUGCGCACUCUCUCACGGAGUACCUCAAGCUUCGAGGACAGUGGUUGGGAUAUGAAGAGUCAAUCACGUAUACCUCCAUUCGUCGAAGAUCCGCCACCGAACUCUCCCUCUCAAUUGGCAGAGAUGAUGUCCGAGCAGUCAUGAAUCACGAACCCGACUCACGGAUUCUUGAGAAGUACUAUCUCAACGGGACCGGGUUUAGAGACAUGACUGCUCUAGGACUGGGCAUCCGUGGUACUGAAGGCGAUCAAAGCGAGGUUUUGGCGCAACAGAACCAUCCUUUGGCAAUAGGGGCCAUUUCACACAAUGCUGAGGACAUGAUACAGCUGCAUGGACCAGCACUUAAUGCAACCCUGGGGAAGCUUAUGGUUACACAUGGACCCCUCAAGGGCACUGAGAGGGAAAAGAAGCUCACAAUGAAGCGCCUCCGCUACGCUGCCAAAAAGACACUGCUCAGCGAAGAAAGUCAAAGGCUCUGUGAGACCAUGAGCAGGGUGGAGCAUGCUCGCCGAGUCCAGACGCUGGCUCAGUCCAAGUUCAUGGACCAAGUCCUUGAGAUGGCUAGACAAGCUAUGAAAGACAGCGAAGCUCAAUGUGAAGCUCAAGUAGAUGAUGCGGAGGAUCCUCUCGUCGAUCAUACUACUGGCUUAUUCAAGGAGUCUGAUGCUUGUGAAGAAGAAGCAGAAGAAGACUUUGAGGACCAAGUCACGGAUGAAAAUGGCACAGUAGUAAAACGCAUUGAGGAGAUCGAGGAGCAGGAGGCAUCUUUGGACGAGAAUCCUCUGCUUACUUAUGAGGCUGCUACUCGUUCCUUUAUGGAGGUGAUUCUUUUCGGUACAAUGUCCAAGAAUCGUGACUGGAAGAACAACCCGGUCCAAUGUCAGCUCUUCCUUCUUUUCAACACCAACAACUUUAUUGGGAAUCUCCCGGCUGUUCCCGACUCUUUCCUUAUUUCGACGCUGAAAACUUGA